UUCUCUCUCCCUGUUUGGUUCCCGGGAAAGCUAAGUAAAGUGUGAGAAAAUUACCAUUAUUUUCUCUAAUCCUCCGGUUCAAGUUUCCCCGCAAUCAAACACUAUUCACACGAUAAUUUUUUUUUUCUUCCCCCGAUUGAUAUUUGCUGCGAGAAAGAAUAGUAGUAUUUUUUUGUUAUUUAAUUCCUCUGAAUUUUCAAAACUACAUCCAGAAAUGGCUGCGUCGUCAAGGAGAUUAAGGUUGCUUCUUUGAUCCUCGUAUCGACGACUCCGACCAGAAAUCGCCUAUUUUAUCCGCUCAUCAGCUCGUCGCCGGCAACUUUGUUCCUCGAGUCAAUUGAACAAAACCCUAAAAGCAAUUUCUUCAGCAACGCCCGGAGAAGCUAAUGAGGGGAGGAGGAGGGGACGUACAUGAAGCAGAUGUCGAAUCAGACGCUGGUUCCUCGAGGAGUGAAGAAAAGUGUGUCGGGGAGAAGAAUGAUUCUUCCAGUCCGAUGAGAAAACAUCAAGACGAUUCAAAUUCAAGGCCUGGGUCUCGUAGAUCAGGAAAGAGUGUGAGAGAUGAGGAGUUUGAAGAGCCGAACUAUGGGUCAGAUUCUUCUUCUAGUUCACAUAAACCACAUGGGAGGAAACCAAGCAAUCCAGUUCAAUAUACAGGUCAAGAACGUGCUGAGCUUCUAAGGAGGUUAGAUUCCAUAAAGGAGCAUCUUCUUCGUGGUUCUAACGUGGUUGAUAAACCUAAUGAAUCAGAUCAGCCACCAAUGCCCUUUCCUGGUCCUGGAAAACAUGUCCCAGGAACUUUGUUUUACCAUCCCUACCCCGAGCCAUCUCCUUAUGGAGGGAGACCAAUGCCGAUGCAUGGAAGGAUGUAUCCUUCAACGAGUAACUCAGCUCAUAUUCCAGGGUACAGAGACCCUUUUGGGUUCCAACCCCAUAGGAGACACACGAAUUGGCAUCCGGGUCAUUACCCCAAUCCAAGUUAUCCAACAACUCGUCAGUAUGCUGAUAUUGGUCCAGAUAUAUUGGAGCCACACCCACAGGAUCCUAGGUAUCAUCCAUUCUUUCAACCUCCACCAAGUAGGUAUGGUGAUGUACCGUAUAGCCCUGUUUCACAUCAACGGGAGAAAUUCACGCCAUUCGGUUCACAGAGCUAUAAUAGCUCGAGUACUUUUCAUUCUUCGAUGAGUUCUUCUGGCCCACAAGGCCACACAAGGUGGCCAAGUGAUCUUGACUCUGAAAUGGGUGGCACAUUUGCUCGUGGGAAUGUCCAAAAAGCUGUAUCAGACACUGAUGCUCGCUGUUGCCGUCCUCUGGCAGGUGGUGCUCCUUUCAUAGCUUGCCACAAUUGCUUUGAGCUGCUGUAUUUGCCUAAGAAACCGCUGAUUGUUCUGGAAAAGCAGAAAAAGUUGCAAUGUGGUGCUUGUUCUGAAGUAAUCAACUUCACUAUUGUCGAUAAGAAACUUGUUUUUACUUCUGGCCAAGUGGAAACAGACACGGUUUCCAGAGAUGUAGAAGACAGAAGCAUGAGCCCAGAAGUAAAAAAUGCCGUUCUAAAUUCUUCUCACGGCCAUGUUAGUCAACCAAGUGCUGAUCUCUCCUCUGUUGAUUACAAUGACUCUGGAAACAAUUUUCAGUGUAUGGACGAAGAAUCAGCUGAGGAAUCUACAAAAAUCCGGGAUAUUCAAAGCGUCCAAUCUCAGUCUCCUAGACAACAUUCUGAUGAUGAGAAGUCAAAAACUUCUGAUGGACAACAAAGGGUGAUCAAGUCUGUCCGCCAUCGAGUUAAAGACACAAAAGUUUCGGAACCUACUCCUGCUCAAGGUUCUCUCCACGAACUCUUUGAGUAUUCUAACAUAAACCGGGUGGCACUCAGUUACGGCAUGGCCCAGUUAAGUAUUAACUCGGAAAAGCAGGAAUCCUACUCGAAACAGGACUCGCUGAACCCAGAAUCAGUGGCUACCGAGACAGAUGUCUCUUAUAAUGGAUACUCUAACACCGAUGCAUCUGAAGAUUUUAGGGACUCUACCAGAAGCGAAGAAGACAGCAGAGUAAGAAGCCGAAAAGGAAGUGGUUCUGCUUUUGUGGAAGUAACCAAUAACGGCUCUAAGGAUCAAAAUGAAGAAAAUGGGAAGUCACAACAAGAGAUAUGGGUGAAUGGGCGACUGAUACCUGAAGAUCAGGUUAGGAGAGCUGAGAAAUUGGCUGGACCAAUACAACCUGGAAACUACUGGUAUGAUUACCGUGCUGGGUUCUGGGGUGUGAUGGGCAAGCCAUGUCUUGGCAUCAUACCGCCAUUUAUCGAGGAGUUCAGCCAUCCCCCGAUGCCGGAUAACUGCGCUGGAGGAAACACAGGCGUGUUUGUGAAUGGAAGAGAGCUUCAUCCGAGAGAUCUGGAUUUACUUGCGGGGAGAGGGCUUCCUCGGGAGAUUGACCGUUCUUACGUCAUCGAUAUAUCAGGCAGAGUCCUCGACGGAGAUUCGGGUGAAGAACUUGACAGCCUUGGCAAACUAGCCCCAUCGGUUGAGAAGAAGCAGCACGGGUUCGGCAUGAAAGUUCCCAGAAGACGGGUUUCAUGAACAUUCAUUCGGACCUCUCCAAAUUCCAGUUUCAAUAUUCAUUAUUGGAGUUUUUAUUUUUUAAAUGUAAAUUGUGCUUGAUAUGUCAUACCUUUGUUUUUUUUUUUUUUUUGGGUCUGUA